AGCCACCGUGCCCGGCCUGGAGAGUUUUAAAAAUCCUCUUCUCUCCUAUUUUCCUGCCUCAUUAUAUUCUCUGGGGAGUUGGACAGUACGAACUGUGGCCUAACUUCAGUCUUUCCUCCUGCUCCUCAGAGAGAGCUGACGUUGUUGCUCAAGGUUGGGUGAAUCUCCAGAGCCCGGAACCUAAUGAACACUCAUAGGGGGCCAGAAAGAACCAGCCACAUGUAUGGCCCCAGCCCACCCUGAAGGCAGAGAAGGGCCUUGGGCUCAGGGAGGGAUGGGCUGGGAGGUGUGGAUGAUGCGUGGGAGGGGCUGCCAACGCUCUGAGUUUCUGAUUCCACUUCCGUUUCCCAGGGCAACGCUCCCCAGUCCCCCCACCCCUGACCCCGGAAUCAUGCAUCGGACUACACGGAUCAAAAUCACGGAGCUGAAUCCCCACCUCAUGUGUGCCCUCUGUGGGGGGUACUUCAUCGACGCCACCACUAUUGUGGAGUGCCUGCAUUCCUUCUGCAAAACCUGCAUCGUGCGCUACCUGGAGACCAACAAAUACUGCCCCAUGUGUGAUGUGCAGGUGCAUAAGACCCGGCCACUGCUGAGCAUCAGGUCUGACAAAACCCUCCAAGACAUUGUCUACAAAUUGGUUCCUGGGCUUUUUAAAGAUGAGAUGAAACGGCGGCGGGACUUCUAUGCAGCGUACCCCCUGACGGAGGUCCCCAACGGCUCCAAUGAGGACCGAGGUGAGGUCUUGGAGCAGGAGAAGGGGGCUCUGAGCGAUGAUGAGAUUGUCAGCCUCUCCAUUGAGUUCUACGAAGGUGCCAGGGACCGGGAUGAAAAGAAGGGCCCCCUGGAGAAUGGGGAUGGGGACAAAGAGAAAACAGGGGUGCGCUUCCUGCGGUGCCCGGCAGCCAUGACCGUCAUGCACCUCGCCAAGUUUCUCCGCAACAAGAUGGAUGUGCCCAGCAAGUACAAGGUGGAGGUUCUGUACGAGGACGAGCCGCUGAAGGAAUACUACACCCUUAUGGACAUCGCCUACAUCUACCCCUGGCGACGGAACGGGCCUCUCCCCCUCAAGUACCGUGUCCAGCCGGCCUGCAAGCGGCUCACCCUAGCCACGGUGCCCACCCCUUCCGAGGGCACCAACACCAGCGGGGCGUCCGAGUGUGAGUCGGUCAGCGACAAGGCUCCCAGCCCUGCCACCCUACCAGCCACCUCCUCCUCCCUGCCCAGCCCAGCCACCCCAUCCCAUGGCUCUCCCAGCUCCCAUGGGCCUCCAGCCACCCACCCUACCUCCCCCACUCCCCCUUCUGCAGCCAGUGGGACCACCACAGCUGCCAACGGGGGUACCUCGAACUGCCUGCAGACACCAUCCUCCACCAGCAGGGGGCGCAAGAUGACUGUCAACGGUGCUCCCGUGCCCCCCUUAACUUGAGGCCAGGGACCCUCUCUCCCUCCUUCCAGCCAAGCCUCUCCACUCCCUCCACUUUUUCUGGGCCCUUUUUUCCACCUCUUCUACUUUCCCCAGCUCUUCCCACCUUGGGGGUGGGGGACGGGUUUUAUAAAUAAAUCUAUAUAUAUAUGUACAUAGGAAAAACCAAAUAUACAUACUUAUUUUCUAUGGACCAACCAGAUUAAUUUAAGUGCCACAGGAAACAAACUUUAUGUGUGUGUGUAUGUGUGGGGAAUGGUGUUCAUUUUUGGGGGGGUCUUGUGUAAUUUGCUCUGCUCUUUUUGGGGGUGCCUGGAGAUGAACUGGACGGGCCACUGGAGGCUCAGUCAAGCUCUGCGCUGUCCUCACUGUUCCCAAGGCAGAUGGGGUGUUGGGGGCCCCUUCAGCCCCAAAGCUUUAGGCACAAUUCUAACUGUCAAUAGGAGCCAGUUAGAACUGUUCCUCUCCCCCCGUUUCUCUUCCCAUCUUGGCUGCUGUCCUGCCUCUGACCAGUGGCUGCCCCCUGCAUUGUUGAAUGUCCAGAAAUUGCUAAGAACAGUGCCUUUUACAAACGCAGUUUAAUCCUGGGUCUGAGGAGCAGGUGCAGGGUGGGGGUGGCACCUCCCUCACCUCCUCUUCUUGCAGUGGAAACUUUGUGCAAAGAAUAGAUAGUUCUGCCUCUUUUUUUUUCCUCUCCUGUGUGUGUGGCCUUUGCAUCAUUUAUCUUGUGGAAAAGAAGAUUCAAGCCCUGAGAGGUCUCAGCCCUGGAAUUCCACUGUGGCGUUAGCAUUGUGAAGUGCUUCACCCCCACCACCCCUGCCCUCACCCGGGACCCCUCACUAGCAGGACUGGUGGUGGAGUCUCACUUGGGGCAUAGAGUGGAGGCGGGGGUGAGUUAACCUCACACAAGCACAGACCCCAGACUUUGCCAAAGGCACACAGCCCUCCAGCGGCCCCUCCUCCCCCAGCUGAGGCCCGGUCACCUGGUCAGGACAGAGCAACUGCAUCUAAAAGCACAAGAAAACAGAAACCUGUAAGCUCUGGCCCCAGUCCCAGCCCCAGAGGUCAGCAGACCACCUCCCUAGGGACAGACCUGGCAGGUCCUGCCCACCGAGAGUUCCACAAGUGUGCAUAGCUCUGGGAGGCAGCAGGAGUCGAGACUUGAGAUUCCAUCCCAGCCUAGGUGUGUGGGGUUGGGAGCCCCCAGUGGGCUUGUCUGUGUUUGCGCCUUGCCCUGUGUCUGAGGUCCUGUGACUGUGCCCUCCUCUGCCCUGGGACGUCUGUAUCUCUUGGCUUUGUAAUAAAUGCUGCAUACUUUC